AUGCUUGCUCGAUCUGUCGCUCAGAAUGGCGCUCGCGCCGCCAGGAGCCUUGCUCUCCGAACUGGCUCCGUUCGCAUGGUCACACCCGCCGUCGCUCGACGGACUCUCGUCACUUCGGCCGCUCAGAGGUCGUUCGUCAUUGGCACCCAAAAGCUUUCUGCCCAGAGGAGCUUCUCGACUUCAUCGAGCCACAAGGAAAUCGUCAAGGUGCCUCAGAUGGCCGAGUCCAUCACUGAAGGUACCUUGAAACAGUGGAACAAGAAGGUCGGCGACUUUGUCAAUGCCGAUGAGGAAGUUGCCACAAUCGAGACCGACAAGAUUGACGUCUCGGUCAACGCUCCCCAGUCUGGUACCAUCACCGAAGUCUUUGCCAACGAGGAGGACACUGUCGAGGUCGGCAAGGACCUCUUCAAGCUUGAGCCUGGUGAGGCUCCCUCUGGCGGCGCCAGUUCCGGCGACAAGCAGUCGGAAAAGAAAGAGGAGAAGAAGGAGGAGAAGCCCAAGCAGGGGAAGAAGCCCAAGCAGGAGGAGAAGCCCAAGCAGGAGGAGAAGCCCAAGGCAGACGAGAACCAGCAGCCCGCUAAGAAGAGCAGCAGCAGCGGCGACAAGAAGCCUGCACCUUCUGCUGACCCUGAGGCACGUCCUUCGCCCGCCAACUCGACACCUCCUCCCUCGAAGCCCUCUACAUCUUCGUCUUCAUCCAAGUCUUCCUCCUCGUCUUCAUCCUCUUCGUCAUCCUCUUCGUCGACAAAACCCGCCGCUGGCAGCCGAGAGGAGAACCGUGUCAAGAUGUCGCGCAUGCGUCUCCGGAUCGCUGAGCGCUUGAAGCAGUCGCAGAACACCGCUGCUUCGCUUACUACUUUCAACGAGAUCGACAUGUCCAGCCUCAUGGCCUUCCGUGCACGACACAAAGACCGCAUCCUGAAGGAGAAGGGUGUCAAGCUCGGUUUCAUGUCGGCCUUCGCAAAGGCUUCCGCUAUGGCUCUCAAGGACGUCCCUGCCGCCAACGCCAGCAUUGAGGGCGCUGGUCUCGGAGACACCAUCGUCUACCGCGACUUUGUCGACCUUUCGGUCGCCGUCUCGACGGACAAGGGUCUCGUUACACCUGUCGUGCGAAACCUUGAGACCAUGUCGCUGAUCGAAAUCGAACAGGCUAUCGCUGACCUCGGCAAAAAGGCGCGUGACAACAAAUUGACGCUUGAAGACAUGACCGGUGGUACUUUUACCAUCAGCAACGGUGGUGUUUUCGGAUCGCUGUUCGGUACUCCCAUCUUGAACUUGCCCGGUUCGGCUAUUCUGGGUAUGCACGCUGUUAAGGAGAAGGCUUGGGUCGUCAACGGCAAGGUCGAGAUCCGACCGAUCAUGGUUGUCGCUCUCACUUACGACCACCGACUGCUUGACGGUCGUGAGGCCGUUACGUUCUUGGUCAAGCUGAAGCAGUACAUCGAGGACAUGCCCAGUAUGCUUCUCUAA